AUGAGGGCGGCUCACUGCAAACAGAGCAGGGGCCCUAGGCAGCCCCCCCGACAGCACCAGCCCAGCGUCCUCAGCAACCUGCAGAGCGUGCUGCUCCACGGGGCGCCCACCGUGCCUGUAUUCGCCACCCAGCCUCAGGGGCGCUCACAGCGAUCAAUGCCACCCUGCCUGCAGUAUGGAGCCCUGGACAGCCCCUCCAGCAGCUACUUCACCCUGCAUGACCUCUGGCAAAGCUACGAGGCGUGGAGCGCGUACGGCUGCGAGGUGCCUGUGCGCAUCAACGUGGACGGCAGGUGGCAGGAGGUCAUCCAGUGCUACACCCCGCACCUUGCUGGCAUGCAGCUGUUCGGCGCAGACUGCACCAGGCGGAUACCCACCAGCACCAGCAGCGCCGCUGUGAGCAGCUGCUGCAGCGAGGGAGAGGAUGAGUGCGAGGGCGGCGAGGGCGGCGGCGGCUGCGCCGACGGCUGCGCCGCCAGCAGCGCCUGCACCUCCUCCACCGCCUCCACCGCCUCCACCGCCUCCGACAGCGACGGCGAGGAGGCGUGCAAGGACAGCCCCACGGCGGCGGCGGCGGCCGCGGCGCGGCGCCUGGCCCGCGGCUCGGUGCUGCGCCAGCAGCACGGCCUGGGGGAGCCCGCGCAGCAGCCGCUGUUUGAGUUCAUGGAGGUCGAGCGGCCCCACCUGCGCCAGCCGCUGCACGACAAGGUCAUGGAACUGGCGGAGGCGCGACCCGAGCUGCUGACGCUCGACACCCGCGACCUGCACCCCACCUCGUGGCUCGCCGUCACCUGGGUGCCCAUCUACCGGAUACCCAGCCUGCCCGACCCGGCCGCCUCCCGCGACCUGCAGGCCAACUUCCUCACCUUCCACUCGCUGUCGGUGCCGCCGCAGCGGCUGCACGCGCCGCCGGCCAAAGGCGCGCCGCUGCCGCCGCUGCUGGACCCGGCGGGCGCGGCGGCGGUGGCCUGGCGCACCGAGGUGGCGCGGCAGGGCCUGCUGGCCGCCGCGCUGCGCGCCAUCGCGGCGCAGCAGCAGCAGCAGCAGCUGCUGCAGCAGGCGGCGGCGGCGGCCGCGGCGGCGCAGGGCGCCGAGUCGCCGGCCGCCUCCCCCGGCGGCGGCGGCGGCGCCAGCCCGGCCUCCACGCCGCCCGGCAGCGCGCGCUCCAGCCCGGACGACUGCGGCGUGGCCUCGGUGCUGUCGGCGCUGCCGCUGCAGGCGGCCUGCCUGCGGCCCUUUGCCUUCAUGCCCUACAAGGCCACGGGGGCGGCCUGGCUGGACGACUGGAACCUGCAGCGCCAGCACCUGCCCAUGGUGGCGGCGGCGGGGUCAUGGGUGCAGCGCCGCAAGGUGCAGCUGCCCGACUUUGACUUCAUGAGCCAGCAGUACCGCCCGCUGCCCAGCAGCUUCCACCGCGGCCCCAGGUAGGCCGCCCGACGGCGGCGGCGGGCGCACGCAGCGGGCGGCGUGCGCGGCGCCUGUGGACCGCACGCCUCCCCCUCCCAGCCGCACCCUCCCAACCCCAGAAUGCACGACAGGGCCCAACGCGCAUGCGACGGCCAGCAGCCGCCCCCAUCCAGGCGGCUCAGUGGCCCCAUUUUUUCCGCUUUCAUUCUGCUCCAAUCCCCGUGCGGUCUCUGCCCCCUCUUGCCAUUUAUUCCCUGCUCCUCUGCUGCUUCCUCCCUGCCCCACCCUGCAAAACACCCCCCCUCCCUGCACUUUUCGUUUCUCCGCUCCCAGCCCUUUUUCCAGCAACUAUCACUGUGGGUGUACACGGGUCCUGGCAUUGCUGUGUCCCUCCUCCCGUCCAAAGCAACGUGUUGCCUGCCUCCCCAUCUGUCCCGAGCGCGUGCGCUGCGCUGUCACGGCCCCAGCGGUGAGCCCGUCUGUGCCAGCCAGCCAGCCCCUCCCUGCCUUAAUGAAUGUGUCUGCCACACAUUUUUUUGUUUCGAUACCCGGCUGUUCGUUCACCUCUCAUGAUGUCUCGCGGCCCCGCCGCACAAGCCGACCCUCAUUCCCCAGAUAACCGGAAAAAAAACACAAAAAUCGCUCUCUCCGCUCCACCCGCAAAACUCUCUCAACCUGGGCUGCGCCUGCCCAUACCUCUUGCCUGGCAAAAGCCAAUUUCAUAGCGCCCCGGCGCUGUUUUUUCUCAGGCUCCAUCAUCUGAUUGCGAUACUGUCGUUUGUUUAGGGCGCCCGCCCCCCUCCGCUCUGGAGUCGGGGCCCCCCCAACCAACCAAGUCAUAGCGCCUACCCCCCAUUUGUAACUUACCCGAGUGAUC